UAUGAUUAAUCGAAUAGAAAAGAUCAAUUGAGAAUCCACUAAUCCAUAGUAUGGAACUUAACCUAAACGCAUCGUGCAUAUACUUUUGAAGUGUAAUAUUAUAAAUUACAUAUUUUAUCGUUUAUACAAGUUUUAUUUUGUAUUAUGAAAAAUAAUCAAAUAUUGUAAAUAUUUCAAAAUCGAGAAAACGACUGAUUGUGUCACAAAUUCUAUAUAAUUCUUGACUUAUAUAUAUUUGCAGACUGCAUGUUUAAUUUAUAACUUUCACAGUUUUAAGAAACAAUUUUUUUAUUAUAAUGGUUGAAAUGUUAGAUUGGGAGUAUGAAGAUCCUCUCACAAAAUUAAAUACACAAUUGAAUAAAUCUAUGGUUUUAAUUGAAAAUGUGAAUGAUCAUGCACAGUCAAAUAAAAGUAAUAAAACUAUUAAAAUAAAAACAAAAAGUACUUCACCCAAAGGAAACACUUCUAUGAAUGGUACAUAUAGAAAAAGUAUUCUAAAGAAAUCAGAAAGUAUAAAUAAUGAAGAAAGAAAUGUCAAGGAAAAUGUAACAGACACUAGCUUAGAAGUAGCUGCUGAAAUGACUUCAGAUAUAUUAACAAUUAAAUCAUCAUCAUCAUCAAGACCACAAAAUCUUCAAGAUUUGAUGAAAGAAGAAACUUUAACAAUGGAAUCUGCAAGUUCUUGUUUUAAUUUUGAUGACAUAUCCGACAAUGAAGAUAUCUGGAUUAUGGAUAUACCUAAAACAAUAGACCCACAAAAAUUAAUUGGACAGACCUUAGUAUUAGGAGAUAAAUCAAAAUUUAGAAUUGGAGAAGAAAAAUACUGUGCUGUUAAACGAGAUUUGAAACAAGACAUUACUUGCGUGUUUGGUACCGGUAAAAUAAACUCGCAAUAUAAAGCAGUUAAUAUAAAACCAGCAGGCUCUAUAACAAUUAGGAGAAAAUUAUCGAGUGUACCAAAAAUUAAACCCAUAUUGUUAGAAAAUUUAGGCGUUCCAUUCCCUGAAAAUUUGAAAACGCGCCAUCCAUUGUUAGGUGUUGUUUCUGAGAAUAAAUCCAAAAAAGUAUUAAGAAUGAGUGGAUCGAGUAAUAAGAAGAGAAAGUCAUAAUGAUAACAAAAUGACUACUAUAAUAUACAUAUAUGCCUCUUUUUUAAAUAUACAAUAUACAGUUUAUAUGCAUAAAUUGUUGAAAGCGACGUAUUACCAUGUAAUUAUGACCUAAGUAUAAUUAGUAAAGAUAUUGAAAUGAC